CAAGAGCAGUGCACGUGUAUGUGUGCAUGUGUAUGUAGGCGGUUUUUGUGAGCAACGGCAUAAUAUUAAAAUAAUUUUGGAAAAUAAAGAGGAUAUUAACAAAUCGUAAGCCGUCGUAUGCACUUCAAACGGUAAAAUCAUAAUCGUUCAAUUGUCGGAUAUAUUUAAAAGUAAUAAAAGAUCGAAAAAAGUAUUGUGAAAAUAAAACGUGACCUUAAAAAAAUUAGCAAAAGAAAGUGGCGUGUUAUAUUGGCAAACAAAAGAGGCAGCAGCAGCAAAAACAACAACAACAAGAGGGUACUCGUGAAUUUAAUGUGCAAAAACAAAAACUACCACAAUACGUACGUGGAGACGUCAAUAGAUAGAUAUAUUUGGCAGCCAGCAGCGGCAGCAGCAAAAAAAGUGGGCUCGUCUCCUCGUUGCUUGGGUUAUUACGUCACAAGCGACACCAUAUCGUACCACAUUCCCCAUUCAUCAUCAUUGGUGGCUUUUGGUCUGUCACCCACCACCCCCAUUCUCUAACCUGCCACAAACUACACAAUAGCGAAAAAUAGCACCAGAAUUAAAUUAAAAAAGAAGAAGAACACACUUGUGAGAAAUUGUGUGAACAAAAUAAAUAUAAACAAAUAAUUAAAUAAAAAAAGUAGCACAAAAAACAGAAGACAGAAAAACCGUGACCAUAAAUUAAUGCAGCACUCUAUAAAAACAAAAGUCUAAAAACAACAUCAUUCGACGGGGAGACGACAGCAACGUCAACGCCGACGCACUAUAACAACAUCGACAAUUUAGUAUACGACGCUAAAGAUUUAGAGGACAUCAACGACGACAUGACUGAAGGUAAAAACAUACCCACCACCCCCGGCUCCAGUGCCGAGGUGCCCUUUCGCCGCAUGGGCGAUUUUCGUAAAACAUCACUGAGCAUCAACCGGCUGGUGGGUGUCAUCGAUGAGGGCACCAAUGUGGUAAGUUUCUCGAUUUACACCACACCGGAAUUCAAAGAAAUCGCCGCUCAUCGCAUAGAGAAACAAAUGAUCAGCGUCAAAGAUGGCUGGUUCGAACAGGAUCCGGUGGCCAUUAUCAAUAACAUUUAUCGUUGUGCCGAAGUGGCGGUUAGUAAACUGCCUGCCUUGGGUUAUCGCAAGGAGGACAUCUACACGAUAGGCAUUACAAAUCAACGUGAGACGACAGUGGUGUGGGACAGCAUGACGGGUAAGCCUCUCUACAAUGCCAUCGUUUGGAAUGACAUACGCACCACCAGCACCGUGGAUCAGAUUUUGGCUAAGGUGCCCGAGCAGAAUAAGAAUCAUUUUAAAAAUAUAGUCGGUCUACCGAUUUCACCGUAUUUUUCGGCAUUGAAAAUACGUUGGCUCAAGGAUAAUGUACCGGCCGUGAGGAAGGCAUGUCGUGAGAAGCGCUGCAAAGCCGGUACCAUUGACAGUUGGAUUGUGUGGAAUUUAACAAAGGGUUCCCUGCACAUAACAGAUGUUACAAACGCUUCCCGGACCCUACUUAUGAACAUUGAAAGUCUGGAAUGGGAUCCGAUGAUGUUGAAAACUUUCUCCAUACAUGUUGAUAUGCUGCCCGAAAUUCGAAGCUGUUCCGAAAUCUAUGGUAAAAUUUGUGAUGAACGAUCCGUACUGAAUGGCAUGCCCAUUAGUGGUAUUCUGGGCAACCAACAAGCCUCGCUGCUGGGACAGAUGUGCAUUAAACCGGGACAAACGAAAAAUACCUAUCGUUCCGGUUGUUUCUUGCUCUGCAAUACGGGUACAACCCAUGUCAUCUCUUCGCGUGGUCUACUCACCACAGUUGCCUAUAAAUUGGGACCAAAUUCACCGCCCAUUUAUGCUCUGGAGGGAGCAGUGGCAGUGGCGGGUCAUGCCUUGGAAUGGUUGCAGAAUAAAGUGCGCAUAAUGCCCAAUGCCUCCGAUGCAGAGAAAUAUGCCGAGGCAGUACAGACCACGGGUGAUGUGUAUUUUGUACCCGCCUUUACCGGUCUCUAUGCCCCCUAUUGGCGCAAGGAUGCCCGUGGUAUGCUCAUAGGUUUGACACAAUUCUCCACCAAACAUCAUGUGGUGAGAGCCGCCCUGGAGGCCAUCUGUUUUCAGUCGCGUGACAUUUUGGAAUGUAUGUACAAGGAGGGUGGUUUCAAGUUCAAUAAGCUCCAUGCCGAUGGUGCUUUGUCGUCGAACAAUUUGCUAAUGCAAUUACAGGCCGAUACGGCCGGUGUCCCAGUCUUCCGUUCCCAGCUGCUGGAUUCAACGGCAUUUGGUGCGGCCAUGUGUGCUGCCCAGGCCGAAGGUGUGGAGCUGUGUAAAUUUGAUCCUGAAAAGAGACACUAUGACAACAUUUACUAUGACACCUUCCUGCCGACGAGUACCGAGGAGGAACGCAAGCAUCGUUAUGGCAAAUGGAAAAAGGCUGUGGAGCGCAGUUUCGAUUGGGUGGAUCGUGGCCAAGCUAAGACCAUGACAGAGGAACGUUAUCGCAUGCUCUCGUCGGUGCCUGGAAGUUUGUUUAUUAUCACCACAUUUGCAAUGCUGGCCCAUUCACUGCGUAAUGUCAAGGCUUAAAGACGAGAGGUGGUAAAUGUGCUCCUCACUUACAUAAAAUGAGAAAUACAAUCGAUAGACAAUCAGACUUAUAGAAGAGAUUGAGUGGAAGUGCUAGAAAAUGAAAAGGGAUUGAAAAUGUCAUCUAUAAAUUCAUGAACCAGAUUUUCUUAGACAGAUAAUUAAGAAAAUGAGAAAGAGUUCCAAAAAGUGCCGAAUUAUUUUGGAAAGGUCACCUGUAGAUAGAUAGGCAUAGAUUUUAAAGAAAAGGAUAUGGUAUCAUAAUUACAAAAUGUCUUCAUUGGUUAGAAAUUGUCAAAAGAAAAAUUAGACCUUCAUAGGGCCACCUGCGGAUAGAAAGACAUCAAGAAGUCAAAAAAAAGCUUUCGAAAAGUCUUUUGAUAGAAGGUCUUAUGACAGUAUCAGAUUUUCAAAAGUUUCCUAAUAGGAUAUAAUAUAUUCUAAAGACGUUCUAUAGAAUUAAGAAAAACAAAACAGGACUGGAGCAUUGUCAGACCACUAUUCGAAAUGUGUUUUUUCUGACACAGAUUUUCAAGGACAGUCAGAUAUUUAAGGAAAUAGAAAAGAGUUGUGGCUGAAUUUUAAAUCUAUUUUAGAGCAAUUUUGAAAAUGUAUUCUUUUAUUGUAAGGUUUAUCUCAGGAUCUUCUAGCCAUAUAUGACCUCUGGAUGGUCUUUUGUUCAUAGAGAAUAUUUUCACGGGAAAGAAGAUCUUAUGAAAGUCUUCUCGUCUUGAAGAUCUAUGAAAUGAUAAAAUUAACACUUUUGAAGGUAUUUGGGUCACAUAUGCCCAAAAAGUUCCUUUGAGAUCCAUAGAGGUCUUUCGAAGGUCUCAGAAAGUCAUUAGAAUUUAUUCAACCUUUUGAGGGGUCUCCUUGUCAUAGACGGCACUUUGAUGGCUUUAUCACAUGGCAAACUUUUCGAAAUCUUCUAGUUAUAGAAGAGAUGUUUAGGUUCUUCAAUUUAUAUAAGGCCAAAGACUACUCCUAAUUUAGGAACUUUUGAAAGUCGUUUAGUUAUAGAAGACAAUUUAAAUGUGUUCUAGAUAAUGAAAUCCUAUUGGAGCUGUUGUAGUUAUAAAAGAAAAUUUAAUGCCUUUUAGUUAUAAAUUAUCUUUUGCAUGUCCCUUUCCCAAAAAGGACCUUAUGAAGGUCUCCUUACCAUUGAAUAUCUUUAUAAAAGACUCUUUUGCAUUAAAGGUCAUUGGAAAAGCCUUUAAGCCAUGGAAAACAUCGUUUCUUGUCAUAAAAUUUCUCUUGAUUGCCAUUAGCCACGAAAGACAUUUUUAACGCCUUCCAUCUUUUGAAAACCCUUUGAAAAUUCUACACAUGGAAUCCCAUUUAAAGAAGGAAUUUACUCCGAUAUGGCUAAUUUUCUACCAGUUUUUGUAUAUUUUUCUUGGAAAAGUUAAUUUUUUUCCUAGUUGGCCCCCUUGCGAAAUAGUUUGCAAAAUGCUAUUAUCCCUCGAUAAUAGACCCCUAUGUAAAUAAAGACCUUAGAUAAAUUCAUCUUUAGAUAGAGGACUUUAGGCAGGCUUGAUCCAAAAAAUAUCUGGAGGUCUGCUAUACCUUCAUAGAAUUGUCUACAGUCAGAAGCCUAUCCAAGGUCUUAUGAGAAUAGGUUAAAGACCACUUCACCACUUUUUCUAUAGACCUAGAAGCUCUUCUAAACGACUUGAUCUUCCACGGACUAAGAAAUACCUGAAGAUCUGCUAUACCUCCUUCGAAUUUUCUACAGUCAUUAGCCUCUCCAAGGUCUUCUGAAAAUAGCUUGAAGACCCAUAUGUGAAGAAAAAUUUUCACAAGUUCUUCUAUAGAGCUAGAAGCUUUUCGGAAUGGCUUGAUCUUCCACGGACUAAAAAAUUCCUGAAGGUUUGCUAUAGAAUUUUCUACAAUCAGAAGCCUCUCCAAGGUCUUCUGAGAAUAGAUUAAAGACGCAUAUGUAAAUAAAGACCUUCACAAGUUCUUCUAUCGAGCUAGAACCUUUUCUAAAUGAUUUGAUCAUCCAUGGACUGACAAAUUGCCGAAUGUUUGCUACAGAAUUUUUAGAAUUUUAUACAAUCAGAAAUCUCUAAAGGGGUCUUCAAGAGGUCUUUGUAAUAGAUUUAAAAAUCUUCCAUUAGAAGGCCUUGGAACGGUCAUUCAACACAAGGCAUUUUAAAAUACUUCUAUCUUCAGAUGACCUUAGUAAAGCUAAACACUGCUUUAGUAAACCCUCUUUUAGAAAAUAUAUUUUAAAGGUUUUCCAUUCCACGUUUUCUAAAAACGACUUUCUGGAGGUCUUCCUUAAAAAAGAUUAUCAAUAGGUUACAAUUUUCUACUACCAGAAAUCUCUCAAGGCUCCUUUAAGAGGUCUUUCUAAUAGAUUUGAAUAUCUUCCAUUAGAAGCCCUUAAGACAGUCUCUCAUCAAACAUUUAAAAAAACUCCAUAUUUAGCUGACCUUAGUAAAAUCAAGCCCUUUAUCGGAAAAUCCCCAAAAGGAGACCUCCACAAAUUUCUCAAGAUAUCUUCAAGAGGUCUUUUUAAUCGAUUUGAAAAUCUUCCAUUAGAUGGCCUUAAAACAAUCAUUCAUCAGACAUUUUUAAAUACUUCUAUCUUUAGCUGACCUUAGUAAAUUCAAGCCCUCUAUCAGAGAAUCCUUAAAAGGAGUCUUGCGAAGGUCUUCUAUCCAUGAAUGGCUCCUUCCAACCUCAAAUAAGGCAUUUUAUCUUUAGGAAAUGCUUUUUAAAAUAUUCACGUAGGACCUUCAUGAGCUUUUUUUAGUUCAUAGAAGACCUUUAGUUUCAAGUCAACGCCAAAAUUCUCGAGAACCACAACUUCAAUUUCCAGUGCUCAAUUCUAAAAUGAUUUUAUAGACCUUAAAUUUCAUCUAGACUCCUUUUUUAUUUUAUUCGUGUUUUGUCCUUUUUUCGAAAUCAUGUAAAAACUGUAGUGUAUUUCAUAUACACAGAGAAAAAGGACUCAAAUUCUUAAAGAGAGUAAUGUUUGUACUUAUAAAGUAUUUUCCUUAAAUAUGUACUAUUAUUAUAAGCUUUAAGAUACCCAUUAGUAAUGUUUUUAAUUAAUACUGUUUUUAUUGAAUUUUACCAUUUAUAUUUUUUU